UUUUGGUUGAUGAAAUAACGAAAAAGAAGAAACUUGAUUUCUAAUUGAUUGAUUGAUUCAAAAAAAACGUUUUCAUUUAUUUAUUGAAUCCAACCGACAACAACAAAAAGAAAGAACCAACGAUGGAUAGAUCACAAUUAACAGUGAUUCCUAAUAAAUCAACAGCCACCACCAGCAGCACUACAAACUUACAACAACAACAACAAUCACAAUUAAAUCGACCAAAAACAUCAAGUCAAGCCAGUACAACAAUAAUAACAAAUACAAAUACAAAUACUAAUACUAAUACAACAACAACAAUUGAUCUAAGUCUUACAUUAUGUCAUCUUUUACAACGAAUUCUUAUACCAUUUACAUUGGCUACAGCUGUUUUAUUUCGACAAAAUCUUUUAUCAGCAAUCUAUCUAAUACUUUUGUUAUUGGCACCAAUAUUACCUAGUCCAACAGCUGAAAAUGUUAUCAAUGGUGUUAAUGGUUAUUAUAUGAAAAUUAUUAUCGGUAUAAGUUCUAUAGCAAAUUCUGCACAUAUUAUUACACAAAUUGUUUUUUUAUCCGCAUUUAAUUAUCAAACAUCAAUUGAUUAUUGUACAUAUACUGGAAAAAUAUUGAAUCUAAUCGGUUUUCAUCGUUAUAAUGAUGUAUCAUUUUUUAAUAUUAUUCGUUUAUGUUGUAUGGAUUUUAUUGUACUAUUAGUAACAUGUUUAGUAUUAGCUUUUUCUGUUCGUACCUAUCAUUCUAAAUUAUCAUCAUUAGGUGAAAAUGAUGGUCGAUUACAUGAACGACGAUUUACCGAUGUUAGUUAUGUUGCCGAAUUAAGUGGUAGACGUUUUACCGAUAGACAAACAAUAAUACCAAAUAAACGACGAUUAAAAAGAGAAAAAGCUGAACGUCUUAGCUAUUAUAUUUGUGAAUUUAUAUUCUUUGUUUCAUUAUGUGCAUCGGCUAUUCUGGAACCAUCAUUAACAUCAGCCAUAUAUUUUCUUUAUUUUUUAUUUAUUGGAUCAUGGUUUGCUUUGGAUCGUCCAUUUGGUACUGGUUAUCAUUAUUUUCGUAUAUUUAUCGCCAUUUUUGUUGGUCUACAUUUUUCCAUAAUAUUUUUCUAUCAAUUUUUAAUGUUUCGUCCAUUACUUCCACCGGAUAAUAUUAAUGCUCGUUUGUUCGGUUUGGUUGAAUAUACAAACAAUACCUGUUAUAAUAUACGAGAUUUUAAUCUUCAUGAAUAUCAUUUUGUAAGAUUUUUACAUCCGCUUGUAUUGCUCACAUUAUAUUUUGUAUCCAUUAAAUUGAUACGAACUGUAUUGAUCGAUAAAAAAUUAUCACAGCAAUUAGCCAGAACAAAUGAUGGAAAAACACCAAUCGUUUAUAUGGAAGAUGAUGAACGAAGACCAAUGUUGUUGACAGAAUCAAUACACAUGAAUUAUGCAUUUGAUAUUAGAAGCAAUGAUCAUACACCCUUAUUACGUAUGAAUCGAUUAAAUCGAACCUAUCAUUCGGUACGUGGUAGAGCCGAUUCAAUGAUCGAACCACAAACAUUAUCACGUAUUUCACAUUUAAAUGAUGAAUCAUCAACGAAUUUACAUUCACAACAAAUGUCCACAUCAUUACCACCAUCACCAAUACCAAUUCCAACAUCAUCAAAUAUAUUUAAUAGUGGAAAACAAUGUCGUGAUCAAUCGAAUAAAUUUUCAUUAUUCAAUUUUGAACUGGUCAGCUUGGUUAAACGUGCUAGUUAUGUUAUAACAUUAAUCGUAAUGAUGACCUGGUCAAUAACAUAUCAUUCAUGGCUUUCAUUUGUUUUAUUAUUAUUAUCCUGUGUCAUAUGGAUGACACCGAAUUCUCGACAAACUUGUUUAAGUUCAUCACCAUUUUUAGUUUUCUAUGCAAUUGCUUUGGUUAUUGGUCAAUAUAUUUUUAGUUUAAAUCUUAACGAUGAUGAAUUACCAGUAACAAUUGGUUCGAUUAGUAUCAGUGAAAUUGGUUUUAAAAAAUAUGGUGAAUUUUCUUAUCAACCAUUGUUUACGAAAAUAUUUUAUACAUUGUUUUUUUGGGUUACACUUCGUCAAUACACUGAAAGUCUUAAAGAUCCAAUAACUAGUGACACAUCACCAGGUAUAUUAUCACCAUUAUUUAAUCUUGGUCCUCGUGCUAACACAAUGGCACCGACACCGGAUGAGACACAUCAACAACAACAGCAUCAACUUGAAACACAACAAGGUUUGGCAUCACAAAGUGAAAUUUUUAAUUCAAUGAUGAAAUGUUUCAAUGAAAUAUUGAUCAAAUAUUGGAUAUGGAUAGUAGCCAUUAUGCUUAUGGUUAUGUCAUUAAGCGGUUCAAAAGUAGUCAUCUAUCGUAUUGUUUAUAUGUUUUUAUUUCUUAUAUUUACAUUAUUAUUGUUAAUUUCAUUGAAAUGGUGGCGUAAAUUUAUCUAUCCAUUCUGGUUGAUUGUCAUUCUUUAUUCGAUGAUUAUUUUGAUUGCCAUCUAUACAUAUCAAUUUAAUAAUUUUCCCGAAUAUUGGGAACAUUAUCUACAUAUUGAUAAAGAACUACAGGAAGAUCUGGGUCUAGUUGUUUAUGAUAAUGAUGCUUUUGUAUUAUUCAAAGAACUUUUAACACCAACAUUUUUUAUUAUCAUUACUAUUAUUCAAGUACAUUUUGUUCAUAAAGAUUUUCUUGAAUUUAGCAAUAUUGAUGAAAUACUUAAUCGAUUAGCAAUGGCAUCUAGUCGUAAUAAUUCUGUUGCACUUGAUUUACGUUUAGAAUCUGGCCAAUCAAAUGUAUCAUUAAAUCCAUCAUUGAUUAAUGAAAAUAAUCGAGCAUCAACAGCUACUAAUACAGAUCUAAAAAGUCAACCAAGUCAAUCGGAAAUUUCCGUACAAACGGUUAUCUCAAAACGUAAUAAUAAUAUUAGACCAACAAUGAUGCGAAAUUAUUCACCAUCAAUGGCCAAAAGUGAUUCAAAAUUAAGUUUAUUAACAUCGAAACCAACAUUUGCGCAAGAAGUUCAAGAAAUAUUUUCAAAAUGUAUUCGUCAUCUACGUCAACUUAUCGAUCAAUGGAUGAUUGUAUUUUGGCGUUUUCUUGAAGUACAUAUUAUGAAAGCUGUCUUACUUUGUACCGUAAUCAUUGCCAUUCAAGAUAUUUCUGUCAUGAAUGUUAUUUUUGUUUUUCUCACUAUCGUCUUGAUGAUCUUCAGCCGAUUUGAAAAGACAAUUUGUUGUAUGUUUGCCAUAUGGGCUGGAAUAUUGGUUUUAUUGAAAAUGUUAUUUCAAUUGGAAAUUGCCCAACGAAUUGAUUGGUAUACAAAUUGUAAAGUAGAUAUGAAAAUGAUUCUAGUGGAUAAUCGAGCUUAUAUUGGAUUCCUCAAAACUGAUGAUAUUUUUACUUAUAUUUGUGAAUAUAUUGCAUUAAUUAUCAUAUUAGUAUUUCGUCGGGUAAUCAUUUUAAGACAAUAUUUAUAUCGUAGUCAAGAUUAUGGUGAUCGUCCAUUAUUUGAAGGUGUUAUAUUUCCAGAUGUUGAUCGACCAAUGGCCGAUAAAGAUUUUGCCAGUUUUUUUAAAUUUUUACUCAACUUUGGAUUCUAUAAAUUUGGCGUUGAAAUUUGUCUUAUAUUGAUGACAAUAACGACUGGCAACCAUGGCGAUAUAUUCAGUGUACUUUAUUGUCUACUUCUUAUUGCAUUUGUAUUAUUCAAUCGUGUAGAAUGUCAACGUUUUUGGUCAUAUUUAGUUGGAUUUAUGGCCAUCGUAUUACCUUAUCAAUAUCUGAUGUGUUUAGGUAUGGCGCCCGGUUUAUGUUGGCUUUAUCCAUGGCACCAUUUACCACAAGCUGAUCUUGAUUGGUAUUUUUUACCCGAUUUCAAACAUCAAUUACCCAAACAAAAACUCUAUCUAGAUUUUCUACUAUUUUUCUGUCUAUGUCGACAACUUCUUUAUUUCCGUUUGGAAUCAAAAUUAAGCCAAUAUGGUGGAUCAAAUUUAGAAGCUUAUAAAGAACAAACACCACCAAACGUGUUCGAUUGUUUUUCAUUUGGAACAUCAUUGUUUGAUUCAUUUAAAUCGUAUUUUUUGUUCUGUUUCUUUUGGAUUACAUUGGCCGUUCUAUUUUUGGCUGGAACAACACGUAUCAAUUUAUUCGGCCUUGGUUAUGUUUUAGGUAGUUUUAUUUUUCUAUGGAAUGGUAAUGAAUUCUAUCUGAAACCAAUGAAAAUGAUUUUUAAAUCAUGGAAAACAAUCAUUGGUUAUACAUGUUUGGCCAUGUUACUUAAAUCAAUUUUACAAGUUUUCGUUUUAACAUUAUUACGAAAUAAUAUGUGUUGGGCUGUACAAUUAAUGGGAUUAAGUUAUCAUCAAAGAGAUAUUAAUUGGUUUGAUCCAGCAACCAAAGAACUUUUCGAUAAAUGUCCAUCAACUGAUUCUGGUCUUCUUUGGGAUGGAAUUUGUUUUACAUUUCUUCUCAUACAGAAACGUAUAUUUUGUAGUCAUUAUUUUAAAUAUCUUAUUCGUGAAACAAAAGCACAACAAUUUUUAGCAGCACGUGGUGCUGAAUUAAUACAUGAAAUUCAAGCACAAGAAGUAGCUGAACAAGAAAUUGCCGAACGUGAAGUAAUGGAAAAAAUUAAACAAAAAAUGGAUCGAAUCAAAGAAGCACAGCAACGAAUGUUUGCCAAUCAAGCUCGUAGCAUUAAAUAUCAUAAACAAGCUGUCAAAUCCGGUGGUUAUUACAUGUUCGAAGAUGGUGAUACUGAAGUUUGUGACCUUAAUUAUAAAACAAGAGAAUCAUUAAUACCGGAUCCAGAAGGUGAUGAAAUACGUAAUAUUGCCAGAUCAAAAGGAUUCACUGCAUUUUGUUCGAAAAUAUUUAAAGGUGAAGAUACAUCCGAAGCUCCAUUUGUUUCAGAUGAAAUUACCGAUAUUGGUGAAUCAAGUCAUGAUUCACCAAUUAUAUCAGUCGAACGAAUCAAACGUAAUCCUGAUUCAUCACGUCCAACAACGAUGACUUCCGUACCGGAUUCUCAAGCAACCGAUUUUUCGGCAUUUUCAUCAUUAGUUUGUAGUGUUCCUGCACAUAUCGAUCAACCGAUUCCUGAAGAUCAACAGCAACAACAACAUCAGAAAACAAUAAAACAAGAAUCUGAAAAAUCAUAUUCAUUAGAAAGUGAUGAGCAACAAGAACCAACUUAUAUGGAAAAGAUUCGUAGCUGGUUUGAUUUUUUCAAAACAUUUACCGAAAGUAUUUUCAUUAGUUCAACAUCAAAUCUGAAUGCUGUUUCACGUGAUUAUCGUUUUGUUGCAAAACGAUUAGCUGUUGAGAAAAAAUGUUUGAAAAAAAUUAUUGAAAUCAAAGAACUUGACGGUAUACAAUAUGAUUUUAUUGGUGAUCAAAUAUGGAAGAAAAAUACAUUGGCCAAAUUAUCCAAAUUGACUGAAAAAAGUUUAGAAGAUGUAGCCAAAAGUGAUGCAAACGAUGUUCUACGUGUUUGGAGUGAUUUGGAUGCAACAUCUACCGAUACUAAUAAACAUUUAUAUCAUGUUUCAUUAGAUUCACGAUACAUGGAAACAAGUAUCUAUAUUCAUUUUUUUCGUGCUAUAUUCUAUGCUAUUCUAUCACGUUCUGAAGUUAUUUGUUAUAUAACAAUUGUUAUUAAUCAAAUUACAUCAGCAUCAAUUUUAUCGAUUCCAUUACCGAUGUUAACAUUUCUUUGGGGUUCAUUAUCCGUACCGCGUCCAUCAAAAUCCUUUUGGGUUACUUGUAUUACUUAUAUUGAAAUUGUUGUCGUAUUGAAAUAUGUUUUUCAAUUUCAUUUUUGGCCAUGGAUUGAAUUGGUAAAACCAUCACCAUUUUGGUGGCCACGUUUAUUGGGCAUUGAAAAAAAAGAUAAUUAUGCUAAUUAUGAUUUGGUUUUAUUAUUGGUACUAUUUUUUCAUCGUUUUAUGUUAAAAAGUCUUGGCCUUUGGGAUCUUAGCGAAACCGAAAUCAAAGCCUAUAUGACCAAUGCUGAAUUAUUUCAGACUCGUAUUGAAGAUGAUGAUGAAUUUCCCGAAGUAAAUCCGGCGAAUAAUGGUAAAAAAUCAAAACAUUCGAAGAAAAAAUCCAGCAGUGGUAAGAAAAAUAAAUCUUCACAAAAAACGGUUCAGGAAAAACCAUCUGAAGAGCAACAAAAACAACAACAACAGCAACAAGAAAUUUCAAGUGAUGACCAGAUUGAUCCGUCAUCAAUGAUGAUGAUAGCACCAUUACCGCCACCAUUACCUGAACAACAUUUAUAUGAAAAUGAAUUAAUGCAACAGGAAGAUGAUGAAGUAUCGGAAGGUGAUGAGAUAAAUUUUAUUUAUUUUUUAAUGGAAAUUCCUACACGUACUCGUAAAAAAUUUAUAGCCAAUGUGAGUCCAGUGUAUAAAUUUUUUCAUAAUGUUCUUCAUCCACCUUAUCGAAUCACACACGAUGUUUAUGCAUUAAUGUUUCUUUGUGAUUUUAUCAAUUUUUUCAUAUUGGUCUUUGGUUUUUAUGCUUUUGGAAGUGGUUAUUCUGGCAGUGAAGAUGUUGCCCGUUUUCUUGAGGAGAAUAAAAUUCCUAUUGGUUUUUUAAUCACAUUGUUGAUACAAUUUGCUCAGAUUAUUGUUGAUCGAGCUAUUUAUCUUCGAAAAUAUAUCAAAGGAAAGCUUUUAUUUCAGAUUUUUAUCGUAAUAUUUACACAUAUGUGGUUAUUCUUUGUAUUACCCGCUAUGACCGAUAAAGCCUUUACGGAUAAAACAAAUUUACCACCGAAAUUAUGGUACAUUUUUAAAUGUAUUUAUUUUCUAUUAUCAGCAUUUCAAAUACGUAGCGGAUAUCCGACACGUAUAUUGGGUAACACAUUUUGUAAAAAAUAUAAUUUCGUUAAUUGGUAUCUAUUUAAAGUGUACAUGCUCAUACCAUUUGUUUAUGAUCUUCGUAUGUAUAUGGAUUGGAUUUGGACAGAUACAAGUCUUGUUCUUGAUGAAUGGUCAUUAAUGGAAGAUAUUUUUGUCAAUCUUUAUCAACGUAAAUGUGAACUUCGAUUGGAUGAAGAAUUUCCGGAACCUAGAGGUCGGGCUAAGAAACGUUUUUUCAAAUAUCUAAUUGGUGGUUCUUGGGUGAUUAUCAUCAUUGCUUUAAUCUGGGGUCCACUUGUAUUGUUUGCGUUUGGUCGUGCUGUUGGUGAGAUUAAUCCACCUAUUGGUGCAACUUUCGAGUUGGAAAUCGGUGGUUAUCAACCAUUGUUCAAGAUGAGCGUAACCGAUAGUGGAUUAGUUCCUAUAAGUGAUCAAAAAUGGUCAAAACUUAGUUCAAGUUUUAACCGUGAUCCUGUAGCACAAACAUUCAUUAAUGGCUAUGAUCAACAAGAUGUUUAUAUUGUUAAUCUAAAUGGUAAUUCAACAGCUGUUUGGGGAAUUUCUCCACCAAGUCUAAAGAUAUUACAAAACGAAUUACUUUCAAACCAAGCACCAUUGAACAUGAAAUUAACUUAUUUUUUAACAAGAAAAAAGACCAAAACACAAGAUAUGGAUACGUCCAUUUAUGAUGAAUAUUUGAUCGAAUUACAUCCGCACAAAGAUAAGGAUUUACGAGUUAAAUUAGCCGAUAUGAUAUCAAGGAGUGAAGAACAAAGUCCGGCAAUCAUACCUCAUAUAUUUCCAAACUAUCUUCGUGCUCCCGAAAAAGGUAAACCUAUUGUUGUCACAGAAUUAGCACAGAAAAACUAUGGUUUACAUCAAUCACAAAUGUCGAAAAAUAAAUCGAUGAAUUUUCGAAAUCUAUUAAUUUUACUAAAAAAAGGAGAUUAUGAAGAUAAUUCUUCAAUGACAUCAUGGUGGGAAAUUCAUGAUGAUUGCCAAAAUACUGAUUAUCUUGAUCCAUUUCUUAAGAAUUUAAUGAUUACCGAACAUUGUCAAUUUCUUCCAGUCAUUGUGUUUAAUGAUAAAGUUUUUAUCGGUUUAUUAGCCUUUCUUUCUGGUUAUGGUAUAAUUGGUAUAUAUACUACAUUUGUAUUUUUAGUUUCACGUUGGGUACGUGGUCUUAAUUCUGAAUCAUCAUUUAAAGUAAUCUAUACACGAAUGCCAAAUGUUGAUCGUGUUUUACAAUUAUGUUUGGAUAUUUAUCUUGUACGUGAAAGUCGUGAAUUUGAAUUGGAAGAAGAUCUUUAUGCUAAAUUAAUAUUUUUAUAUCGAUCACCUGAAACAUUGAUUAAAUGGACAAAAAUCAGUGAAGAAAUUGCUAGUGUACCAUCUAAUCAAAAUCAACAACAACAACAAAAAAAUGAUCAAGAAUGAAUGGAAAAUUUUUUUUUAAAUGAAAUAUGAAUAAACAAAAAUAUAAUUAUAUUAAU